ACUCGCUGUGUUAUAUUUGCUGGGCUGGAGUUUUUAGUUGAGCCGGAAUAAGGUUCGAGCUCCAUCUUUCUUCUUCAUCUACCUCUUGUCUGGAGCGAAAAAUGCCUACAAAUUCUGGGAAAUCGAAUUCUGGGUCGUUCUCAUGGGGAAGGAGCGAUGAAACGAAGAGUCAUAAUUUCGUUCAGUGUUACCACAACAUAUAUUCGAAACCUAGGAUCGUGAAAUCUGGGGCAAACAUUGGUCGAAGGUUCUAUGGGUGUGCGUUAUGGCCAAAAGUUGAUUGCUCAUUCUUCCAAUGGGUUGAGGAAUACCAUUGUAUGCAAGAGGAUGAUUGGAAAAUAAGUGAGAAGGAAAGUGUAAUUGACCGGCUCAUUGAAGAGAAAAAAAAGUUAGAAGAGAAGAUUGCAAAGUUGAAAAAGAAGAAGCUAAAGAUGACAGCUAAAAUCGAAGAGUUGCAAACUUCAGUUUGCAAGCAAGGAAAAGGAGAGAAAUGUGCAUAUAUAUGUCUGAUUAUGUCUUGGGUCUUGUUUGUUGUUGUGGUGUAUGGGAAUUCAAAAUGAUUGCUGGUAAAGUCUUGGAGUCUUGCUCAAUGUUUUGGUAAAGUCUGGUGGAGUAGUGUUGUAUGUUGAGACUGUUGUAUACUGUGAAUGUGUGGUGAAGUCUGUUGUAUACUAAUUAGUAUUAGUGUGGUGGAGUGUGUUGUCUA